AUGGCGCCUGAUUUGAUGACGUUGAUGUUAAUGUCGUCUGCAAUUUUAUUAAUUAUUUUCGUUAUUUUAUGCAUAACAUUACAUUUGACGAGUAUUCCAAUACCAAUAAUUCAACGUUAUGAAGCAGAAAAAUAUUAUGUAGAUCCAUCUGAACCAAAUGAAAAAUACAGAUUUCCAGAUUUAAAUGAUCCUCCAACUUUAGAAUUAUCUGUUGUUGUUCCAGCUUAUAAUGAAGAAAAAAGACUAAUACCAAUGCUUGAAGAAUGUCUAGGGUAUUUAGAGAAAAGAAAUAAACAAAAUAGUAAUUUUACUUAUGAAGUAAUUAUUGUUGAUGAUGGCAGUAAAGACAAAACAUCAAAUGUUGCUUUAGAAUAUGCUAGAAAGUGUGGAAUAAAUAAAUUAAGAGUUUUAACUCUAACAAAAAAUAGAGGAAAAGGUGGAGCAGUUAGACUGGGCAUGAUGAGCACUAGAGGAAAAUUUCUCCUGUUUGCAGAUGCUGAUGGUGCGACUAAAUUUAAUGAUAUAGAAAAGUUAGAAGAAAGCAUGAAAGACUUUGGUGAUAAGACUGAUAAAAUAAUCGCAAUUGGUUCUAGAGCUCAUUUAGAAAAAGAAUCUAUAGCAAAGAGAUCUGUUUUUCGAACAUUCCUCAUGUAUGGAUUUCAUUUUUUGGUCUGGUUGUUUGGAGUUAAAGGAGUUAGAGAUACACAGUGUGGUUUUAAAAUGCUAACAAGAGAAGCUGCUCAGAUUUUAUUUCCUGCAUUACAUGUAGAAAGAUGGGCUUUCGAUGUAGAACUUUUACACUUAGCACGAGAAAUGAAGAUUCCAAUCAGUGAAGUAGCUGUCAAUUGGACAGAGAUAGAAGGUUCAAAAUUGGUUCCCGUUUUAAGCUGGUUACAAAUGGGAAUUGAUUUAAUAUUAAUAUGGCUAAAGUACAGAAUAGGUGCUUGGAAAGUCAAGAAUUUAUCGAAACACUGACAUAUUCUUUUUUAUAUUCUUAUGUGACGGCAUGCCACACAUUGCCAACGUUGCAUUAUCCUACAGGCUUGUAAAUUUAUAUUUUGUUUUUAUUCUCUGUGAUAAAAACUAUUUUUUAGGGAAGUGAGUCGGCAAUUACAUUGUAUUUCUAUUACAGGUGAUUGAAUCUGUAUUCGGUUGAAAUAUUUGUAACCAUUUUUGCGGGCAUUAAAUUCGGCUGUUUAUAAAA